CUAGACUCGACCACGACUCCGCUCCCCUCAACCAUAAUCCACUCCUUUCCCACCAAAGAACACACCUUAUUUUUUAAAACAAUUGCAUUCCUAUUCUAAGUCUAGUUCCUUUUCUCCGGGAAUAACAAAAAAAAAACACCCGCAACUUUAACAUCCUGAAACGAGACGCACGACACGCGUUCCAACACUUUGAAAUUCCCCUCUGUGAAACUUACCUGCUUGAGCGAUCGCGAGGCCUCAAGCUCCAUCUCAACUUCGAUCGACAAUCUGCUCAACUUUACCUGACAAAAGCCACGUGGGAAGAGCUAUUAACCUGAGCGAAUGGCAUAAAACAAUCUCCAUACAUUGGAGCAUUGAUUACCUCGUUAUUUGAGAGAAUUGCGAUACAGUCAAGAUCCACGUCUGCGACCCAGUGCAUCACGGGUUCGCUACCGACAUAACAAUUUCCCCCUCGGUCCAUUCUCUGCCCUGUGAACAUUUACUCUCCCUUUGUUUGUUUUUCACCGCAUCUUCCGUUCAUUUAAAAAUAACUGUUCUCGGCAUCGUAAACAUCAUUAGAAAUCAUUAGCAUCAUCGUCCAGGCAUACUAGCCCAAGAUGCUAGGAUCCAAAUUCAAGCCCAUCACCAUCAUCGCGGUCGUGGGGGCGUACAUCCUCACUCUGCGACAGGAAAAAUGGUCUAUACUUUGCUUCCUUCAAUGCUUCAUCAGCACAUGGCUCGCCGCCUUCUCAUGCUGGGGCCUGUGGGCAACCCAGCUCUACCCUAGAUUCUUCUCUCCGCUGCGUCACCUGCCCGAGCCGAAGGGCAAUUCGUUCUGGAACGGCCAGUUCAAGAAGAUUCGUGCCGAGGCCGCUGGUGCGCCCAUGCUCGAGUGGGUACAUACGGUCCCCAACGAGGGCCUGAUUAAAUACAAGGGCUUGUUCAACCGCGAGCGCCUCCUUCCCACCAGCCCCAAGGCCCUCGCCGAGAUCCUGGUAACCAAGAACUAUGACUUCGCCAAGCCGGAGCAGAUGCGAACCACCAUCGGGCGCAUCCUCGGCAUCGGCAUCCUCCUGGCCGAGGGCGACGAGCACAAGGCCCAGCGCCGCAAUCUCAACCCGGCCUUUGCUUUCCGUCACCUCAAGGACCUGUACCCCAUCUUCUGGGCCAAAUCGCGCGAGGCAGUCCAGGCCAUGACCACCAAGGUCCUGCAGGACUCUGACCCCGCGCGCAAGGGUACCAACGGCACCGCUCCCCAAUUCAUGCCGAUGGGAGACGAUGUUGCCAACGCCCAGCUGCCUCCUGGCACAGCAUUCAUGGAGGUCGGCCAAUGGGCUUCGCGCGCCACGCUAGACAUCAUCGGCGUCGCCGGCCUUGGGCGCGACUUUGGAGCCAUCCGGGACCCAAACAGCCAGCUGAACUCCACCUACCACUACCUCUUCAAGCCGUCCCGCCAGGCGCAGGUCCUCGGUCUUCUGAACGAGGUCCUCCCUGGCUGGAUCAUCACGCGGCUGCCCGUGCGUCGCAACAAUGACAUACACCAGGCCGCAACGUACAUCCGCAGCGUGUGUCGGGACAUGGUGAGGGAGCAAAAGGAAAAGCUCGCGGCUGCAAAGGAAGACGAAAAGGGGUCGCAGGAGAAAGACAUACUCAGCGUCGCCCUCCGCAGCGGCGGCUUCACCGACGAGAACCUGGUCGACCAGCUCAUGACCUUCCUCGCCGCCGGCCACGAGACGACCGCCACCGCCAUGACCUGGGCAGUCUACAUGCUCUCGCGCUACCCCGAGGUGCAGGACAGGCUUAGGGAGGAAGUCAGGAGCCGGCUCCCGUCGCCAGAGUCGGGCGAGGACGUCACGAGCGCCGACAUCGACAGCAUGCCCUACCUCAACGCCGUCUGCAACGAGAUCCUGCGCUACUACGGCCCCGUUCCCCUGACCAUCAGGGAUACGGCCCGGGACACGACCAUCCUGGGCAACUUUGUGCCAAAGGGCACGCGCGUCUUCAUCGGCAUCUGGGCCAUCAACAAGUCCAAGGAGCUCUGGGGUCCCGACGCCGACCAGUUCAGACCCGAGAGGUGGCUGGACGACGACGACGACAACGACAAGACGACGGCAAACGGCGACAACGCCGACGGCUCCGAGCCGGACAACCAAAAGAGCAGCGCGAAAAGGGCCGCGUCCGGUGGCGCUUCCAGCAACUACGCCUUCAUGACCUUCCUGCACGGCCCGCGCAGCUGCAUCGGGAGCGGCUUCGCCAAGGCCGAGUUCGCGGUCCUGCUGGCCGCCUGGAUCGGGCGUUUCGAGUUCAGGCUGCGGUACGAGGAGGAGAAGGACGAGGCCAACGUCGAGAUAAAGGGUGGUGUUACGUCGAGGCCCGCCAAGGGCAUGCACGUCAAGGCCACGGUCGUAGAGGGGUGGUAACUUUGCAACUGUUGUUUUUGCUUUGCUCUUCAUGAUUUUUGUUAAGUAACAGCUAAGAGAUAUAUGACUGAUAUGACCCCAGGAUUAUGUAAUGAGAUGGCAUCAGAAUCAAAAGGCCUCAUUUC